AUGACCGGAGGGUAUAAAUUAAGAGAUAGGGGAGACGCAGGGAAUCGUGAGGAUGAGGGGGAUGACACAUUGGCAGUGGCCCCACAAAGGGAUGGUAGUGAAAGCAAUUCAGAAAUGUCUGUGUCUAUCGCCGAAUAUAGGCGGUUGGAGCUUAGAGUCAGAUUAGCAGAAAUCGAGCUAGAAACGCAAAGGUUGCUAAGUGCAAGUAACUCGGGGACCCCUACGGAGGCCGGUACAUAUGUGAUGGGGGAAGAGGAUAGGAUGUUAAAAUUUGCCUCCCUCCUAAAAGGCGUGUUGUCGCCGAUGCCGACACAGGAAUCACUUAUCCCUGGUUGGUUUGAAGAUGUGGAAGCAACGCUAGACUCGUAUAAGGUGCCUAGUGCGUGGCGAGCAGGUCUGAUACUUCCAUUGCUUAGCGAAAAGGCGAGAGCAUUGCUGGUGAGACUUAAUUCAGCUGACCGCGCGGACUACAAAGUGCUCAAGACAAAAAUCCUCGAAGGACUAAGACUGUCUACCGCGGAAUACAAACGACUUUUUGUCAACUCCAAACCGGACAAAAGGGAGACCUGGGAGCAGUUUGCAGUAAGGCUAGAAAAUUACUUGCGCUACUAUUUGAAUAGUUGUAAAGUAACUACUUUUGAGGACUUAAUCCAAUUGAUGGUCACGGACAGAAUGAAGGAAUGCCUAUCGCCGGACGCAAAGGCUUACGUCGCGUUGAAUGAAAAGGAGAAAUUCCUUCAGCCCAAUGAACUAGCAAGACUAGCAGAGAACUUCCGCGAAAGCGUUAGAUGCAAGGCGGCAGCAGCAGCUGUAACCGGGACAGAAAGCACAGUGGAACGGAACUUCCCAAAAGGCCAGGCAAAGGCUCGCGUUAUAGAGAACGGGGGUGCAAAGCCUAAGAGGAGAGGUUGUUACAACUGCUCAUCGCUCGACCACAUUGCCAAACACUGUACUAAGAAGGCUGGAGAUUCCGCGGCGCGCAUUAAUGCAGUGAGCCUUGUAUCUGAAGAAAGCAGCAGCGAGAGUGAAAGCGAGAAUGUCGUUAUUGUCGCUAGGGUACUGCUGCCCUUAGAAGAGAGUAGCUCUCAAGAGAUGCCAAGGGAUGUAAGAGUUAAAUUACAGGAUAUGCAUGAGGUGUCUGUAAAAAAUGGUGAAGCUACUUUUCAAGCGUACGUAGACUCAGGAGCCGAGAUCACAGUUAUCCGCAAGACGAUGCUUGCGAACUACGUAAAAACAGGAUCAACAAUGAAGCUCGUCAGUGCCUUCGGAGAUGAGGUGGUCGCGGAAUUGGCGUACGUUCCGUUGAAAUUGACAGAUAGCUCGCCCUAUGUUUCCGAACAGCCCUCUGACCCAGUGUUCUUGUGCGCGUUAGUGGACCGCAUGGCUAAGAGAAUGAAUGCGCUAAUCACUCCAGAUGUGUACAAGGGGUUGUCUAGCGCAAGUGCAAAAGUAAUGGUAGAUGAGGGUGACGCUCCGGAGGAAGCGCAGAACGCUCAGGAGCACGCUGACAAUGAGGACCAUUGUGAGUCAACGACUGUGUUAGGUGUAGGGCACGAUAAGGGAUGUGAUCCUGCUGCAGGCGAUAACAACUCCCCGCGGCAGAUUUUUAUGAAUAGCCAGAGUGAGGAUGGGAGUCUUAGAGAGGCAUGGGAGCAAGCGAGAGCAGGAAAACACGGGAUGAUAGUUGUUGACGGCCUGUUAUCUCAUAGUGACUACGUAAAUGGGCGCGAAUGCAGGCAGUUAGUCCUCCCAAAAGAAAGACGUAGUGAGGUUCUACGACUGGCACAUGAUUCGGACUGGGCAGGGCACCUAGGCGAGCGAAAGACGCUGCAGCGUAUAAAGAGCUCAUUUUACUGGCCAGGUAUCACCAACGACGUGAAGCGCUAUUGCCAGAGUUGCCACCAGUGCCAAAUUAAAGCGCCAACAAGAAUGACAGACAGAGUACCGAUUGCACCGAUAGCUAGACCACGUACCCCCUUCCAAGUUAUUAACAUGGACUGUAUAGGUCCCGUUAAUCCUCCAUCAGCCUGUGGACAUCGCUACGCGCUGUGUGUGGUUGACUUAUGUACGAGAUGGACUGAGGUCGUGUGCUUGCGAGCCCUUACGGCAAAGGCUACCUGCGAAGCCCUGUUAGACAUAUUCUCGCGUCUCGGUGUACCGGAGACUAUAUGCUCGGAUCAAGGGACGAACUUUACCUCUCAUUUGACUAGGGAAUUUCUGGCACGAAUGGGCGCGACGCCGCGUUUCUCCACACCCGAUCACCCCCAGAGUAAUGGAUUAGUGGAGAGGUGGAAUGGUACCUUCAAGUCAAUGCUAUACCACACAGUCGAAAAACAUGGGCGGAACUGGGAUAAACAUGUUCCUUUCUUACUCUGGGCAUAUCGCGAAGUCCCAAAUGCGACUACGGGGGAGACACCCUUCGAAAUGAUGUAUGGGAGAGUGCCCACUGGAUCGCUAACAAUCUUGCAGAAAAUGUGGUCAGGAGAAUGGGCAGUGCCUGAUGGGCUAAGCACGUCUGCUGUAGAAUAUCUGAGCGACCUGAGGAAAAGACUUUGCGAAGCGGAAGAACGGGCGAGAGAAACAGGCAGUGCAAAUCAAGAGAACUACUGUAAUCGCUACAACCUAAGAUCGCGGGAGAAACAGUUUCAGGAAGACGACCAGGUUCUUAUUCUAGAACGGGAUGGCACCGGGAAGUUGUUGUCAAGGUGGAUAGGGCCAGUUACAGUUAUUCGACGCCUAAGACCGUACACCUAUCAGGUCAGGUUGAGUGACAAGAACUUUAGGACGGUGCACGCGAAUAAGCUCAGACCAUAUCACGCCCGAGUGAGCUCCGUAGGAGUAAUUUUCGAGGAUGAUGUAGAUUUUGGACAGGUUGAGAUGAUACCUACGAAGAAGAGAGAGCGGAACUUCAUAAAUUCAGUGGAGGCGGACCAUCUAAGCCCUGGCCAGAGAGGACAAUUGUUGUCAUUGAUCAAAACGAUGCCGCAAGUGUUCAGGGACACGCCUGGUGAAUGUAAGGUGGGCAAACAUGUGAUAAGGAUAAAACCGGGCGAGGAACCACAACGAGUGUAUCCCUACAAAAUUCCAAUGGCCUAUCGCAAAGAAGUAGAGCGACAGAUCAGUGAAUUAUUGGAAUGGGGACUGAUUUACCCCACAGAAAGCAAGUUUGCGCAUCCCAUUGUGUGCGUGAGCAAGAAAGAUGGAGGCAUGCGCCUCUGUCUAGACUAUCGCAAGCUUAACGCGAUCACGGAGCCUGACGCGUUUCCGAUGAGUCAGAGCACAGAAAUUCUGUACCAGGUAGCUCGUGCGAGAUAUAUCACAGUAAUCGAUAUGCUCAGAGGGUACUGGCAGAUCAGGUUGGAUGAGGAGUCGCAACAGUGUACAUCGUUUAUCACUCACCAUGGCCAGUACGCCUGGAAGGUGAUGCCUUACGGCCUCAGAAAUUCGGCAUCGACCUUUCAGAGAACGAUCAACGAAAUUAUGGCACCACAUGGUGAAUACGCAUGUGCGUACAUUGAUGACGUUGCGAUAUAUUCGGCUACAUGGGAGGACCACUUAGAACACCUGGCAAGAGUGUUGGGAUCAGUAGCAGCAGCGGGCUUGACAGUAAACUUGAAGAAAUGUAAGUUCGCCCAAAACAGGGUUCAUUACCUAGGGCACAUUGUAGGAUCUGGUACGCACGCCCCGGAUCCUGAACGGAUCAAGGCAGUUGAAAAUAUCGCCCGCCCCGAGACCAAGAGCCAACUUCGAAGCUUCCUCGGGAUAUGCAACUAUUACCGUGAUUAUGUGGCGCGUUAUUCGGAAAUUGUCCUUCCGCUCACUAAUAUGACGAACCGUCGCACUCCACAGAGGCUCCCGUGGAGUGAGGAGGCAACCAGAUCCUUUCAAGAAAUUAAGGAAGCCUUAGCGAACGCUCCCUCUCUUUUUGCUCCGGACCCGUCGAGAGAUUACAUUUUAGCCACUGACGCGUCAGGGUCCGCAGUUGGCGCUUGUCUCGCACAGGAACAUGAAAACGGCAGGGAAUGCCCUGUAGCGUUCCUAAGUAGGAAGCUCACGCCUGCUCAAACACGAUGGGCAACUAUCGAGCGCGAAGCGUUUGCUAUCAUAUGGUCAUUGCAACGACUCGAAACUUGGCUCUUUGGUGCCACUAUCAAGGUUGUGACGGACCACAACCCACUCAAGUACCUAACCUUGACCACCCCACAUAGUGCCAGACUGACGCGGUGGGCCCUCGCGUUGCAACGAUUCAACAUUACCAUUGUACAUAAAAAGGGAUCUCUGAAUUGUAACGCUGACGCCCUUUCGAGAUUGACCACUGCUGAUGAGCACUCUCUGGUCAUCUAUGCCUACUCAGAAGAAGAGCUCGAUGCAGCGACAGCCAGCCUUCAAAUUAGUGGCAGAAAGGAAUGCAACAAAAAGAAGAAGCCUGUUGCUUUUCUCAAUGCCGGACUGUUGCAAGAUUCGACGUCGUGGGUGCUGGACUACAAAGACCAAUGUGCAGGAUUUUAUCUAGCAGAUGAGUGCUAUGAUGUUUGGCUGGGAAACAAGAGAGGCUUGACGCUGUACGGAAGAAAACACGUCAACGAAGAGUUCCAAAAUAGUCCAGACUUCUGGGACUUUACGCUACAUCAAAUGGGCGUCCACGACCUUCCGGCACAGAUAGACUACAUUUUGAACAGAACACAAGAACGACAACUUUUAUACGUGGGUUUGUCACAAGGAGCGUCAACGUUCCUGAUAAUGAUGUCAGAACGCCCAGCAUACAACGAGAAAGUCAAAGCCGCUGCUUUCUUGGCACCAAUGUUCGACUUUGCACACGUUCAAAAUCCUUUCUUCGCUGUACCAUUCGGCGAAGAGAUUUACACAACCUUAUAUUUGGCUGGCAAACGUGAGUUGUUACCGAAGGACAUACCACUAGUGGAAACUGCUACGGGGAUCUGCAAAGGGGCAGGAAAAUACUUAUGCGCCUGGGGAGCAGACUUCGUUGGCAACCUCGAGGCAGAACAUCUAAACAAGAGCAGGAUUGGCGUUUACCUAUGUCAGUUCCCAGCAGGCACGUCAACCUUGAAUAUGCUACAUAACCACCAGGCACGUUGA